AUGUUCAACAAGGCCAAACGCAUCCAGGAGUUGCCACCGUAUCUGUUCGCCGAGAUUGACCGGAAGAAACGGGCCGCGCAGGCCAAGGGGGUGGAUCUGAUCGACUUGGGUAUCGGGGAUCCCGACAUUCCCACGCCCGGGAGAAUCAUCCAGAGGCUUACAGAGACCGUGACCAAACCCGCCAACCACCGCUAUCCCAGCAGCGCGGGCAUGAUGGAGUUCCGCCAGGCGGUUGCCGACUGGUACGGGCGGCGGUUCGGCGUGACGCUGGAUGCCGCCACCGAGGUGGUUUCGCUCAUCGGCUCCAAGGAGGGCGUGGCCAACAUGGCGGUAGCGUACGUGGAUCCCGGCGACGUGGUGCUGGUGCCCACCCCCGCCUAUCCCGUGUACGAGAUCGGCACGAAGUUCAACGGCGGCGAGGUCUUCUUUCUGCCGCUGCGGCGCGAGAGCGGAUUUCUGCCCGAUCUUUCAAGCAUCCCCGCGGACGUGCUCAAGCGGGCGAAGAUGCUGUGGCUCAACUAUCCCAACAAUCCCACCGGCGCGGUGGCGGACGAGGGUUUUCUCAAGGAGGCGGUGGAGUUCGCCCGCCGGCACGGUAUCAUCCUGUGCCACGACGCCGCGUACACGGAGCUCGGCUUCGACGGGUAUCGCGCCCCGAGCAUCCUGCAGGUGGAGGGCGCGAAGGAAGUCGCCAUCGAGUUCCAUUCGCUGUCCAAGACCUUCAACAUGACCGGCUGGCGCAUCGCCAUGGCGGUGGGCUGCCCGGAGCUGGUGGCGACCCUGGCACAGGUGAAAUCCAACGUCGAUUCGGGAGUCUUUCAGCCGGUGCAGGAAGCGGCCAUCCUCGCCCUCGAGCACGCGGAGGAAUUUCUGGGGCCCAUUCGGGAAGUGUAUCAGGAGAGGCGGGACGCGGUGGUGGACGGACUCCACCGCGCCGGCUUCGAGCUUCCGGCGCCCAAGGCGACCUUCUACGUCUGGCUGCCGGUGCCCGGGGGAUGGACCUCCACGGACUUUACCGCCCGGCUCCUCGACGAGGCCGGCAUCGUCACCACUCCCGGCAACGGUUUCGGCGAGCCCGGCGAGGGUUUCAUCCGGAUGACGCUGUGUUCGCCGGCGGACCGUCUCCGGGAGGCGGUGGAGCGGCUCCAGCAGCUCAGCCUGUAA